AUGAGCAUGAGCAGCAAGCAGGGCGGCUCGCGGGCAUCAGAUGAUGAUUCCAGGACUGCUGUCAAAGUUGCGGUUCGCGUACGCCCGCCGCUGAAGAAUGGCGACCCGGGCUUCGAGCUUGUCCCGCAGCGCUUCCAGGUCUCCCGAGUUGACGUUACCUCCGCCCAGCAAAUCGCCGUCGACGCUCCCAACGGCCGCAAGCUGUUCGUCUUCGAUCGCGUAUUCGGCGAGGACAUUGAUCAGGAGGGCGUGUUUGACUAUGUUCAAGACAGCGUCACUUCCUUCGUCGAGGGCUACAAUGUCUCCAUACUCGCAUACGGCCAAUCCGGCGCUGGAAAAUCUUUCACCAUGGGUACGACUGGCCCUGAGGACCAGGCGAAGCCUGAGAUCAAGGGUAUAAUCCCCCGUGCUGCCGCCGUGCUGUUCGAACAGCUGGAGGGGCCCAAUCCUGCUCGCGGCUCCGGCAUACGGGCACCGUCGCGCCUGUCUGGACUCGGUACUGCGCAGAGCAUGCACAGCAAAUCGGCAGCGAACAAGAACUGGCAGUUGAAAGCGACCUAUAUCUACAAUGAGCAGCUCCGCGAUCUCCUCAUACCAGAGGCAACCCCCGCAAACGAGCGUCAGCAGGUUGUCAUCCGCGAAGACACCAAGGGUCGCAUUCUCCUGACCGGCCUUACACAAGUCUCGAUCAACACCGUUGAAGAUCUUCUCAACGCCCUCAACUUUGGCUCUUCCAUCCGUCAGACGGACGCCACCAACGUGAACGCCCAGUCCUCCCGCUCACACGCCGUUUUUAGCUUGAACCUGAUCCAAAAGAAGACAUCAACAGGAACGACACCUCUCACAAAGCGCGAGAAGCGAAUGUCCGUUCCUAUCGAGGCCAUGUCCGGCAGUAAGAGCGAGAACUGGGUCACAGUCGACAGCAAGCUCCAUUUCGUGGAUCUGGCGGGAAGCGAAAGGCUAAAGAACACUCAGGCGCAAGGAGAGCGAGCUAGGGAAGGUAUUUCGAUCAAUGCUGGACUUGCAAGUCUGGGAAAGGUCAUUUCUCAGCUUUCAUCACGAUCACACGGCGCCCACGUCUCUUAUCGGGACUCCAAAUUGACCCGCCUGCUGCAGGACUCUCUCGGUGGAAACGCCAUUACCUAUAUGAUUGCCUGUGUCAAUCCCGCUCAGUUCCACUUGAGCGAGACCUUGAACACAGUUCAGUACGCGCAACGCGCUCGCGCUAUCCAGAGCAAACCCCAGAUCCAGCAAGUGAACGACGAUAGCGACAAGCAGGCUGCCAUCGAUCGGUUACGUGCUGAGGUGCAGUUUUUGCGCGAUCAAAUCAGGCUGUCUGAACGAACAGAUAGGAAGAAGACGAACCCCCAGGAGUGGAACGAACGUCAGAACGAACGCGAGAUUGAACUGAACAACCACGUGCUUGAUCUACAGGAGAACUACAAUGCGUUGAGCGCUCGCCAUGCGAAAUUGAUCACGGAGCUGACAAAAGCCCGCGACCAUGGAGAGGAGGAGACGCCCUUGCUCAGGGACACGGUUGGGGAUGCCGCUCUGGAGCGAUUGAAACGAUCAAAUGAAUUUCGUGACACCGUUGAAAGUGUGGUGAUGGAAUAUGAGCAGACUAUCCAGAGUCUGGAAGCAUCCCUCACCAUGACCCGAUCGUCGUUGGCCAGCAAUGAAAGCGAAUUGCUCGAGAAAGAGGCCAGGAUUUCGAUUCUCGAACAACAGACACAGUCAUUGCAGUCGCGCAUCCAGAAGGCCGUGGAUCGCGAAGCAAGCAAUGAAGAGUACGUUAAGACUCUCGAGGCUCAAGUCGACAACAGCACUUCUGGCAUUGAGAAGAACGAUACCGUAAUCACAGAGCUGCGAGAGAAGCUGCAAAAGGCCCGCGAAAACGAGACCAGCUGCGAGGACUAUAUCUCGACUCUGGAGGAACGCCUCGCCGAGAAUGAGCAAGAGGUGGACUUGAUGCAGCGCGAGAUCGAGCGAUUGAAGCAUGUGGUCGAACGGCAACGAAGUAUCGGCAAGCUCGACAAUCUCCUGUAUGAGCUAGACAGCAUCCGUCAAACAGACGCAAAGGGCGAAGAGCCGCUUGUCAAUGGUCACUCAAAGACCCCUAGCGACCCAUUCAUCGAGAAACGCUCGUCGCAGACUGCCAGCCGCCAGCUCAGCAAUACCGACGCCAUUGCGGAGGAGGACGAGAUCGAGCGGCCCUCCACAGGCGGUGCUGUUCCACCUGCCGUCGAUAGGGUCGAAGAUCAGGAGGACGGUCAGACGCCCAUGAUCUCCAUCAAGAACCUCAAACCUGAUGAUGAAGUGGAACCACCGCAGAGCCCUGCACAGUCUCGCUACGUGGAGGAUAAACUCGAAACAGUCACGCGGGAAUUACUGGACCUUCGCGUUGAGCAUGAAGACCACGUCCAAGACUACGAGCGGCUUGACAUCAAGUACCAGAAGGCCUUGGCUACGAUAGCGUCGCUGCAAGACGUUGUGGAGGAGGCUCGUCACCGACGACCAUCACUAGCGAGCUCCUCUCGACCGACAUCUUUUUUAGCGGACGUGGGUCUGAAGGCCGAGGAUGGACAUCAAUCAUCGUCGCGUACUUUGUCUGCGGAAUUAUCUUUAGCGGAAUCUGGCAAUACAUCCACUCCCGACGAGAACACGGAAGCAGCGCCGGAGCAUUCUGAGAUCGAAGCCGCAGUGCCCAAGUCCGAUUCAGCAAACGACUUGUCAGCACAGACAGAGUCGGACAUCCUGCGAGAAUUAGCGAAUCUGAGGAGAUUGCAUGCUGAAAAGGAGGAACGAAUGGUGGAGCUAAACCGAGAAUUCUCCGAUUUACACGAGCAGCACCAGGACACGCUGGACUACGUGGAAGAGCUCAAGUCCGAGGUCACCAAGGCUCAGAUGGUACGUCCGAGCUCGCCGAAUGCUCAGAUCAUCCGCCGCAAGUCCAGCCAAAAUGUCAUCGCGAAUGACCGUUCAACCCGUGCGUUCGCCUCGCUUCGAAACAUCGCUUUGGAAAAUUUCGAGGAGGAGCCAGACACUAUACAAAACUUCGAGUUGAACUUGAAUGCCAUUAUGAGUGAGCUGCAUACGCGAACUGAGAAGGUUCAAGAGUUGGAAGCCGAGGUAGGCUCUGUGAAGAAGGACAUGGAGGACAAGAUUAGACUCAUCAACGGUCUCGCCAAGGAACGAUCCAGUCUGCAGGCUUCGUCCCCUCUCGACAUCUCCGUCGUUGCGACAAUGCAGGAACAACUCAAACACAGCGAGGAGCAGGUGCAAGAACUGAAGGACUCGCAUUCGCAACGAGAGCAGGAGCUGCUGGCACAGAUAGCAAGCCUCAAGGCAUCUGUGGCGGACGUGGAUACUCUUGACGAGCCUCUUUCGCCACGACAAGCUCCUCCACAGCAGGCGUCGAUGGCAGAGUCUCUGGCAGCAGAGGAUGACGGAGCACACCAAGCGCAGAUCGCUAAGCUCCAGGGUGAUUUGACCCAGUUGCAGUCCAAGUACGAGCAAAAUCAAAUGCAAAGCGCACGAGAGGUGCAGGCUGCUCUGAAGAAGCUCGAGGACGACCACGCGACUCGCAUCGCCGAGCUUGAGCAGUCUCACGGCGCAAAUGCCGAGGCUCAGCUCGAACAAGAGAAGUCUAAGCACGCCGAACUCGUUGCGGCCCUCCAAACCCAGGUAGACGAGCAUAAAACCACCGCUUCUAGCCAUGCAGCCCGCAUUGCUGAACUCGAAGAGCUGCACGCCAAGAUCCUCCAUCAGGUUGAAGAGGACGCGGAGGCAUCCGAGCUCAAGCAGAAGGAGCUAGAUACUCACAAAUCCCUUGUGUCUAAUCUCGAGAAGCAAAUCGAGCAACACAAAGCAGCUGUCGAGUUCCACGAACAGAGCCUGGAGACGCUGAAGCAAUCGCACACUAAUGAGCUAGACAAGCUGGCCGCUGAGCUCACCGCCCAACAGACCUCGUCACAGACGCUUCAGGCGGACCUCACAAAAGCUAAGGCUGACAUGGAGAGCCUGCUUGCGGGAGUCUCUUCCGCUUUGGACGGCGAAACAGACAUGUCACAAAUUCAUUCGAAGAUCCAAGGCUUGGUCGAGGAUCGCAAGUCACUGACUGGCAAGAUGGAUGAAGCUCUCAGCGAGCUUGAAUCACAUCGGAAAGAGCUUUCGGAAGCGAACGAUACUGUUGAGCGUCUGAAGAACGAGAGCACCCAACUAGCCGAGUCAAAUGAGAAGCUCAAGGGCACGGUCAAGGAACUCGAAGCGAUCAAUGCAGACGUGCUGAAACAAUAUCAGCAGAUCAGCGACAAGGAGAGGAAGAGCUCCCGACUGGUGCAGGAGUUGGAAGAACAGCUUAAUGCGAACUUCGACCAACACGCUGCGGCUACCAACCGCUUGUCCGCUCUCCAGACGGAGCGCAGCCGCGAAUUGCAAGACGCAAUGGACCGUAAGGACCAGCUUGAGCGGGACAUGGAGCAAUCUCGCAUUCAGAUUGCGCUGCUCGAGUCUCAACUUACCGACGCGAAGCGCGUGUCUCAUCAUCGCGAGUCCAUUGACCCUCGCGAAAACUUGCAACGGUCAAAUUCCAACAAUUCUAACAUUCGCUCGAGCACGAAUCACACUUCGUUGCCCUCACCGCCACCGGCAAUUCCUCUGCCGCCGCUCCCAGGAAGUCCUCCGCCACAGGCUAAUGGUGCUUCGCCGCCUGCGUCCCGCCACCAGAGUAAGGAUAUUGCCCAGGCACAGCUCGUCGAGGACCAGGAGGCGCGCAUCCGUACGAUUGAGAAGCACCUGUUCGCCGAGAAGCAGCUCACUGCUACCUUGGAGGACGCUCUGACUGACCUGGAGACGUCAAGCCAAAAGACGAAAGAUGAGGUCGGCAAUUGGAAGAAGAAGUGUGCUAGCCUCGAGCAAGAGCUUGACGGCUUGAAGAAGGAGCGCAGCAUGGCGCGCCACUCUCUCCAGGCCGUUGAGGAAGAGCGCAACGCACGUCUACGCGUGGAAGCUGAGCGUGCUCACCUCGAAGCCCGCAUGGCCGCCCUCAACAACAGCCAGAAGAAAAAGAAGAAGGGCGGCCUCAAUUGCUUUUAA